AUGGUGUCCAAAAAGAUGACGGUGCAGGGAUCGGGGAUCAUUGAUUCCAUGUCUUCUGAUUUAGACAAACAGAUGGUGAGGCUAAAGUCUCCUCCCUUUGAGGAACCCAUCCGAUCGGACAGCAUAAGGACAUUCCGAGUGCGCGGCGUUCCCAAGGACUGGACAGAGGACAAUCUAGAGGCUCGUCUUACUGCAACGUACGGAGAAGAACUUCCUACUGUUGAGUCUUUGGCCGUCGAGUACGACGGACAAUGGCAGACGGCCACAGUCUCCUUUCCAUCGACGUUCCCGACCGGAGAAAGCAGGAUUAAAAUUGAAGGAUCACGUCGCAAUAGAGGCACCUCCCUCACAGUCGAUGAUGGCUUCAUCGGUAUCACGACGCUCCACAAACCCGCCCCCGAAGACCACAAAUACGACCUGAUUGCUGUCCCCGGUCUGGGAGCGCAUGCAUUCGGCUCGUUCAAGGAGCGUGGCGGAGAUCACAUGUGGCUGCGAGAUGCGCUGCCGGCCUACAUGGCCGGCACGGGCAAGUCAAACACACGCGUGAUGACGUACGGCUACGAAGCUAGCCUGAGUGAUAGCCGGAACUUUCAGGGGCUGUCCGACAUCGGGAUUGCGUUUAUGCAUUCUGUUUUUGAUGCCACACAAGGUCCUAAUUCGGCAGGUAGCGACUCCCGCCCGAUCAUCUUCGUAGCCCAUAGCCUCGGGGGCCUGGUCGUCAAGCAGGCCCUUAUAGCAUUGCAAGAAUCCAAGGAGCCGGAGCACAUGCGACUUCUUCGUGCUGUGCGUGGGAUUGCUUUCUUUGGUGUCCCAAAUGACGGUAUGAACAUAGGAUCUCUCAAGGCCAUGGUAGGAGAUCGGCCGAAUCGGCAGCUGCUCGAAUCGAUCGGCAGCGACGCAGAUUUUCUACGGCGACAAUACCAGGAUUUCCAAAAAUUUCUUCAAAUGUAUGACCCGGUCAUCAUUUCUUUCUAUGAAACCAACGAAUCUCCAACGGCCCAAAUGGCAGCUGCUCCAAGCGCUCGGCCUACCGAUCUUGUCUUGUCCUUCUUCUUCCACGGUCGCGGCCAUGACCUGCAGAGAACAUCGCUGGGACUCAUUAGAUAUCUUCUUCACCAGGUUCUUGAACAAUUACCAACGGUAUUGCAAGGACUCGUCGACAUGUCUAAACAGAAGAGCAGCCAAUUCAAGGAGAAUAAGUGGCAUUGGAAUGAGAAUGAGCUCUGGCCCUUCUUCGAGUCAGCAAUCCCAGAGAUUCUCGAGAAACGUUCCGUUUGGUUGUUUACCGAUGCCUUGGAUGAGUGUGGCGAGGAUAGUGCAACAGUCGUCAUCGAGAGGUUUCUAUCCCUGAUCACCAAACUCUCGGCCCGCGCCUCAGACCAUCACCGCUUUCGCAUCUGCUUCGCCUGUCGUCCUUAUCCAGUCCAGGACUGGAAGAACGGUCUGGAAAUACAUCCCGAAGACAACAACAAGGCCGACAUUUCGACUUUUGUGAUGACCCAACUAUCGCAUGUGGAUCCGGCCAUUUCAGAACUUGUCAUCCGCCAAGCUUCUGGGGUGUUCUUGUGGGUGGAUCUGGUGGUAAGGAAAGUUCGGAAGCUCACAAAGAAAGGUACCUCUCCAGCGAAAAUCCAGGCUGCUAUAGCAGCCAUUCCGCAAGACCUCUAUUCACUAUACGCCGAUCUCAUUCAGCAAAUGAACGCUGCCUCUCUGAGGAUGUUUCAAUGGGUUUUAUUUGCUACUCGGCCUUUGUCGCUAAAUGAGCUACGCUGGGCCAUGGAGAUCAGACCCGAUCGCCCAUCCUCUUCAAACGCCUAUACGAUGGACAAUGAACAAAUGAGCCGACAAGUACAAACUCUGAGUUGUGGGCUUCUUGAGGUCACUGCGACGCCUGAAGGUCAUGUCCAGUUCAUUCACCAGUCGGUCAAGGACUUUUUCAACAAGAAGUUGACCGAUUUAGACAGCCGCUUUCCUCCCCGCAACAGCUUGCCAUCGUCUACUCUCGCGAUUGGACGGGCAUACUACCAACUGUCUAGAGCCUGCAUUCGCUAUUUGAAAAGGGAAGAGCUGCAAAAUACCCGGCUGAGCCCUUAUACGAUGUUUUCCAGAUACCCUUUCCUUAAAUACGCACUGACCUCAUGGUUAACGCACACACUGCAAAGCGCCAAGUAUGGCGUCCCCAUGAAAGAUAUUCUGGGACUGUUUGACUGGCCGUCAAAUUCCUUCGUUGCUUUUUUGGCGCAUAUCGAACAGAUUCUGAGGCUCAUGCCGGAAAACUAUAGGCUGAAUCAUAUAUCAAAGGGAUCCAGUUUAGUCCACAUUGCAGCAAGAUUUGGGAUUCAAGAGCUUUUGUCAGACAUCAUCAAGUCCAGCCACGAUCACAUUGACGAUCGGGACGAAGACGGCAUGACACCGUUAUCUUUUGCUGCAGAGAAAGGGCACAAGGCGGUAGUUCAACUACUACUUGCUACGAAAAACGUCAAAGUUGAUUCGAAAGAUACUCUCGGCAAGACGCCGUUGUCUCGAGCUGCUGGGAGUGGGCAUGACGAUGUGGUUGCGCUACUACUAGCUACGAACACUGUCGAUGUUAACUCGACAGACCUUUACUACGGCCAGACACCGUUGUGUUGGGCUGCUAAGCAAGGGCACAAGGCGGUAGUCCGGCUACUGUUAGCUACAAAAAAGGUCAUUGCUGAUUCAAGGGACGAAAACGGCCGGACACCGUUGUCUUUGGCUGCUGAGAAUGGGCACGAGGCCGUGGUUGAGCUACUAGUAGCUGCGAACAAUGUCGAUGUCAAUUCGAAAGCUGUUCACGGUCAGACACCGCUCUCUCGGGCUGCUGAAAAUGGGCACGAGGCUGUGGUUCGGCUACUACUAGCUACGAAAAACGUCAACGUUGACUCGAAAGAUUCCGUAUACGGCCAGACACCGUUGUCUUGUGCUGCUGAGAAGGGACACGAGGCGGUGGUUAGGCUACUGUUAGCUACGAACGGCGUCAAUGCUGAUUCGAGGGACGAAUUCGGUCGGACGCCGUUGUCUUGGGCUGCUGAGAAUGGACACGAGGCAGUGGUCAAGCUACUAGUCGCUACGAACGGCGUCAAUGUCAAUUCGACAGAUGUCUACGAUAAUACGCUGGUUCAUAGGGCUGCUGAGCAGGGGCACAAGGCUAUUGCCGAGCUACUGCAAAUGGAGAUACAACGUCGUGGAAACUAA